CGCGCCAGCGCCAAGUAAACAGCUGACGUAUGAGAGUAAAAAAAAAUAAAAAUUUAGAAUAGAAGCAUUGAAACGAAAAAUCAACAAACUUUUAGUGCGUUAAAUAGGUGUAAUAAGCGAAAAAAUACAUAUUGAAACGUGAUGGAAACGCCGACCGCUGAUGAUUUGCUACAAUUUCGGGAUUACAGCGCCACGAACAGCGGCAGCACCCCAGCCCAAAUCAAUGUUAAUUCGCCAACGCAUGCCGGACUCAGCGGUGGCGGAAUGGGAGGGGGACAGCGUCAACGUGGUGAUCCCCUAGCCGAUCUUAUCUAUGAUAUGAGCAGCACCGCCCAAACAAUGAUUGGCGGCGGUGGCACUGCUCCUGGUGAUCAAGCUGAAGCUGGCGCUGGAGGUGGAACUGGUGGCGGUGGUGCACGCUUAUCAUUUCUAACCAUCGAGUACUAUCAGCAGUUCUUCAAUGUGGACACGUACAUGGUGCUGGAGCGCAUCGUCAACUCAAUGAUACCAAAACGGGCCGCUGCCAACUAUUUGCGCAUGAACAUUGGCGAAAAUCCCGAUUUAUAUGGACCCUUCUGGAUAACCAUAACGCUGAUCUUCUCAAUAGCGAUAAGUGGGAAUAUUGCCAGCUAUUUGCAGCAGGCGAGCGACAGCUAUCACUGGCAUUAUAAUUUCCAUUUGGUUUCGUAUGCAGCCAGUUGCAUUUUCCUCUAUGCCAACAUUUUGCCAGCCAUCCUUUGGGCCCUGUUCAAAUACAGCCUCAAGCCGGUCGAUGAUGCGGAUGCUGUUGAAACGGAUAGCGCCAGCUACACGCCCAGCUUGUUGUCGCUGAUGUGCAUCUACGGCUACAGCCUGGCCAUCUACAUACCAGUCUCCAUUCUUUGGGUCAUCAAUAUAUCGUUGCUACAGUGGCUGCUGGUUAUCACGGCCGCAAUGCUGUCGGGCACAGUGCUGAUUGCCGUCUUAACACCGGCGCUGCGUAAUUCACAGUAUUCGCUAUUCCUCAUUAUUGGUAUACUCGGUGCCCAUAUUGUGCUCGCCGCCGGCUUUCUCCUCUACUUCUUUCACAAUCCGACGGAUGUGGCGGCGAAACUCGUCGCGCCGACGCCUUUUCCGUUAGCCCAUCAGCCACAGCCACAGUUGUCCACGCAGGUGGUGGCAGGCGAUCUGCCGCCAGUCAAACAAACGAAUUAACCGGCUAAACGAUGACGGCCCCAUUCCAUUUGAUAUAUAUAUAUAUAUCUGAUGUACAUUAGGUUCCACACAUAUAUAUUUUAUAAUAUCUUUUCUUCUUGACACCAGCUGCUGUAAUUUAAAAUAAAUUAAAUAAAAUAAAUAAAUAAUA